GCGCGCCGCGGUCAGGCGGAGCCGGGAUGCACCGGCUGAGCGGCAGCCGAGGUGGGUCGGGGAGGGUUUGCCGCCUGCCUGAGGUGUCCAGGCCGCCAGCUCUUCCACACGGGCCGGCGCGUCGAAGGUGUUGACCUCAGAAGGGAGCUGUUACAGGCCGGGUGCGACCGGCUUUUGGCGAGGUUCGAGUAAUGAUCUGAAGGGACCACAGAACUUUAGUAAAUGAAUAUUUAAAAAAAAACAGCAGUUGGAAAUCUGAAAUUGGGGGCAAAUAGUGCUGGAAACGUGAAAUAGGUGAGGCAGCAGACGUAGAAAGAGAGACAAAAUUAAUAUUUCAGUUCUGAGGCCCUUCACGAGAACCGGGAAAGAAAGAUUUCAACAACAGAGAAGGUGGGUCCUGAAUCUUGAGACACCACCUUGGAACGGUUUUAUACACAUCGCACUGGCUGUCGAUUCUCACUGUGCAGGACAGGUUGUUGAGACUGUGAUUUCAGUCCAACUGAUGAACCGUGAUGUGGCACCAAGUGAUUUGUGGAGACGUUUUUCAUCAAUGUUCUUCAGCUGAAGACCAUUCCUGAAAUCCUGUUCUGCUGACCCUGGGGCAGUGAGGGCAGGAUGGCAAGUGAACCGGGUGAUGGCCCCUGCGACCAGCCUCAGACCGAGGGUGAGUUGGAUCUGGAGCAGGAGGAUGAGCUGGAGCUCCAGGCCCAGGAGUACGUGGACCGGGUGCGGAACCCCGAGCUGUGCGGCCCCAGGCCCCAGAGCUGCCCACUGGAGCCUAGCGGUGACCAGCAGCCGCGCAGCAGCAGGUCCAGCGCCUCUGACCUGAGCGUGAAGCUGCGAUCCAGUCAGCUGCUGCCCGCUGACAACAUGCAGUCCAGCCUGCUCUCUCUCCCCUGGGAGCUUAUCUUGGAGAUCUGCUCCUACCUGGAUGCUAGGUUUGUGCUUGGAGUCCUCCCGUUGGUUUGCCGAGCAUUCCAGUGUGUCCUGACGGAUGAGGUGACCUGGAGAAUCCGAGCACAGAAGAUCCUUGGCUUGAGCUACCCAGUGUUGGAAGGUAAAGGUUUUGAUUGGCCAACUGCUUGCAUUGAGCUCGAAGAGCACCUUUACCAUUGGUCAGGCACCAACCCGAAGGUGGAGCAUUUCUCACUGAGCGAUGGGCACUUUGCCUCAGUGGACUCAGUGCUACUGAUUCAGAAUGCUUCACUCUGUAUUUCGGGAUCCAGGGACCGGAACGUUAACAUCUGGGACCUGAGGCAUUUGACCCAGGAUGGUGAGAAAGCGCUGGUGAAAACACUUGGACACCAACCACGGGGAACUCACAGGGGCUGGGUGUGGGCUCUCGCAGCCCAGGACAACAUGCUGUGCUCUGGAUCGUGGGACAGCAGUGUCAAGCUCUGGGACAUGGCUUCAGAGGGGGCGGCAGUCCGAGAGAUCAGAGGGAAGGCCGCUGUGCUUUGUUUGGUGUAUCUUCCCGACGUCCUGGUAACUGGAUCGUAUGAUAAAUUGGUCACCAUGUAUGAUCCACGAGCAGUCAAUUACCCAGUGGUGGCCAGUCGGAAGCUUCACUCCAGCGCGGUGCUCUGCCUGGCAGCCGAUGAUCGUUUUGUACUGUCUGGUAGUGAGGACAGGACCCUGGUGGUAGUAGAUCGCAGAACCAAUCAUGUUCUACAAAGGCUACAGUUGGACUCUUACUUGCUGAGCAUGUCAUAUGAACGUGGUGAGCUUUGGGCCGGGGACAAGUGGGGCUUGGUCCAUGUCUUUGACCAACAGGAUGGCAACUUCCAACAUGUCAAGUGUUUCAAUGUUGGCCACCAUUCCCAGCUUACAGGAAUCAGGCAUUCUGUGGGCACCCUGUACACUUCUUCAACAGAUAAAACCAUUAAGGUGCAUGUACCAACAGAGCCGCCUCACACAGUUUGCACUUUACCGCACAACGACGUGGUGAAUGGGAUAAGUGUGGAGGGGGAUGUGUUGGCAGCAGCUUCUGGAUCCAUGUCUGUGGAGAUCUGGAGAAUGACCAAGUGAUGAGGACCCUGACUCGAGCUCAGUUGUUUGGGUUUCUGCAGAACAGCACAAGGAGGUCUUUGGCCCAUGCCACCAGCAGCAAGACUACAGGUGGUGUCAAGAUCUCCUGUAAGAACCUCCACUGGCAUCAUGUGACUACAGACACCCCCCCCACCCCCCCCAUUGUUUUCCUAAUGCAUUAAAUUCCUAUUGAAUGAGA